AAGUUCUUAUUUUUCUUUUAACCUAGUAAAAUAUGCUUCUACCACUGAACUGAAGCAUGCCGCUGGUUCGUUUUUUUCUUAUUGAAUACCGUGAUUCUUCAAGCAAGCCGCACCUAACAUCAUUGUAGCGGCCAGAGGCCGUUCUCCUCCCUCUCCGCCGCGAUCGGGCCGCAAUUGGCCGCGGUGACCAUCUAGUAUGUUCAGAUCUAGCUAGGUUAUGUUGUGAAGACUGAAAAAUGGAGGCAUUAGUAGCUUGUUAUGGUGAUGGAUCUUCUGAUUCUGAUUCAGACUCUCAAUCUUAUUCCCCUUCAAAUCAAACUUUAGCUUACUCAGAAGGACGUGCGCCGUUGCCACCCCGAGCAACCGAAGUUCGUCUCCAGCCCUUGCCACCACCUCCUGUUGAGCUCCUUCAUCCUCCAAAUUUUCUUGGUCCUCAAGAUAUGCAGACUCAUCAGACAAAUAAAGUUAGGAGCUUUCCUCAUGUUGAUGGUAACUAUGCCUUACAUGUAUAUAUACCAAUUACUAUUUCAUCUCCAUCGAAAAAAGAAAUUGCUGCUUUCUUGAAGAAAAUCUCAUCUCAGGAACCAAGUCUUCAUGUUGUUGAUGUCGAUGUCCCACUUAACAUCCUCUGCAAAAACGAUGAGAAACUCGAGCUAGUUGCUUUAGGAAGAGAGUUUCACAUAAGUUUGGGAAGAACUGUUCCAAUACGAGUACAUCAGAUUGACUCAGUGGUCUCAAUGUUAAGACAGAAGCUUCAAACUCAACAAAACAGUUAUUGGAUUGACUUUCACAACUGGGAGGUUUUUGUUAAUGAUGAUCGCACACGCACCUUCCUUUCGGUAGAAGUUGUUCACAGUGGUCUUGUAGAGAUACAGAAGCAAAUUGAAGCAGUCAAUACAAUUUACAAGCUUCAUAAUCUUCCUGAAUUUUACAAGGAUCCGUGUCCUCACAUAUCCUUAGCAUGGUCACUGGGAGACACUAGCGAUCCCCUAAAGAAAAUUGUGGGUGAUGAAAUGAAGAAAUGUGUUACUGGAAAAUCUUUGAAGAAGUGUGUUUUUACAUGUAAAUUCAAAGGUAUUGAGUGUAAGAUUGGUAAUAAAACAUACACAAUAUGUAAAGUUUCAGAUAGAUAGAUGGUAAUGUGUGGUUUGUGUA